ACUAAAUAAGGAGCUCAUUUCAGACCUUGGAGUAACUCAGUCUAUCGAUUUCCAAUGAAAUUUCCAUGCAUCUGGAGCACACCUACCAUUUUAUGUUUCUAAACUAUGGCUUCCCAUCAUCUUUUUCUGAUUUCUCAAUACUUGCACGAUUCAGCCUAUCCAAUGCAAUCCUGUUUUUAUUAGUAAUCAAUCCCUCAAUAUACUCAGAAGCAGAUGAUUCUGAUGAUGAUAAAGGUAGACUUACUCGACGUAAAUGGUGCCCGUGGUCUUCAUGGAGUCCAUGUUCCCCAACAAAGUGUUUUAGUGGUCGUGUAAGACAAAACCCUCCAUUUUGGCCAGGUCCUGAAGAAUUUCCGGUUGAAGAUGAUCAAAUUACUCAGUGUGUACUGCCAUCAUCAAAUAGUAGCAGAAAGCCUAGUCGUGCCUAUGUACAACAAAUAAUACGAGGUCAGAGUAAAGUUGUAGUAGCAGCGAAACAACGAUUUCGUACUUGUGAUUGCCCUUCCGUAUCUCUACUCAAUGUUUUCCUCUUGGUUAGCCGACAUGAGUGUUUUUCUGGUGAUACAGUUUUUGAAUGUAACGAAUGUGGACCUGAUGAGAAAAUAUAUUUCAGUCGUAAUAAAAAUUCUCUUAUUGAUCCAAUACCGUAUUGCUCAUUUGAUCAUUCUGGUUUUCAGUUGUAUAAAAUUCUUGGUGGAAUUGUUGGAGCGAUUGGAAUUAUUUGUUUAUUGGUGUGUAUAGCACGUUUUUUAUUGAAGCAAAUAUGGGAUUCACGACGUACAAUAGAUCGAAAUGUUGGCGGUAGUGUAUAUGUUGGCAAUGUAUCAACUCGAAAUGGUCGGGGAAGGAAUCGAUCAUCGCAUUUACAAAAUACUACUAGAGAUGAUGCUUCAGAAUAUUUAAACAAUCAUCAUAAUUCAAGUGGAUAUCCUGUUGGAACAGGAAACAUGGAUCUUCCACCGGCGUAUACUGAUGUUGUGAAAUUGUCUGGAAUUGAAACUAAUUCUAAUACCACUGAUAGUACAUUGAUUGCAGAUCGUUCCACUUAUGAAUGGUUACAAAAUGAAGCACAAAUUAUAAAUCCAUCUAGUUUAUCAAAAUCAUCACCGAAUCAUAUUCAUCGAUUUAAUUGUGCAUUAGAUGAUAGUGAACAGAAUGCUACAUCAAGUCAAAUAUUAACUGUUAAACCAUCGAAUACACCACCUCCACCAAGUUAUGAAGAGAUAAUUGCAGCAUCAGUUGUAAUCAAUUCACAAUCUGGCAAUAAUAAUUUAAUUCCUUGAAAUAAUAAAAUAAACACUAGUCAUAUACUUCAUCAAUUACAGGAUAUUUCUACUAACAUUAUUACUAAUAGUAAUUUGAAUACUGAAAGAACUGAUAAACAGUAUUGCCUAACUUUUAGAUAAGAUUGGGAUUUUAGUCUAUAUGCUUUUCUUAUGAUUUUUUUUAAUUAUUUCUUUUACCACUGCUACUGCUGUCGCCACCGUUGCUCCCGCUAUAAUUAUUAGAACUGCUAUUCUUGAUAUACUAUGAAUUAACUUACAUCGAUUGUGUUGUGUUGUUGAUUUGUUUGUUUUUAUAUAUGAAAAAAAAAGGAUUUCACUUUUGUAUUUACUGAUCAACGAUGCAUUCAGGUGAUGUGAAAUCUUCAUUCAUGUCAUUUUAACACUGAUGAUGAAAAAAAAAACCAGUGAUGCCAACAAUCGUGUUUGGAUGGCUCGUGCAGUACCAUUUACAAGUUUAUCAUCCUGUUCAAGGUAUAAUGGUCUUGCAAGUCAACAAGUCAAAUUCAGUGGAUCUGAACUCUUCGGGAUACAUAGCUGCCCAGUAGCACAUCAAACUAUAGGAGAUGCUGUUCAGUGAUUAGAUCAUUGUGAACUAGAUGGUGAAGUCUUCAAUAUAAACAUGAGUGGAUAUCUAACUACACAAGUUUUUCAGUAUCUUCAGCUAAACAGAGUCCAUUGAUAAACCAAUCCUAUGAAUCUACAAAACUUAUGCAUACCAGCUAAAUGUGUAUUGUUACUUGAUCGAAAUAUGGAGCAUAGAGUACAAGGUCAAGUGUACAAUUCAAACGCAAUACUGUUGCCUAGCCUUCAUGAACCAUUGGAACGCUUAUUAACGAAGUCUAUAUUUCCACGAUCAAUUAUUUAACCC